CUCAGCCCUCGUUCCGGAGGGGAAAGCGCGAGGUUUCCCGGAAAGCAGCGCCGCCCCUUGGCCUCUAGGUGGCCAGCGUUUAUAAAGGACCGCGCGCCUCACGCCUCCCAGUCGGCGCUGAGCUCCUCUGCGCCUCGGGGCUGCAACCUCUGCCUUGCUAUGGCUCCCAGCGGCCCCCGGCCCGCGCUGCCUGCGCUUCUGGUCCUGCUCGCCGCUCUGCUCCCAGGACCUGGCGAUGCCCAGACGUCUGUGUCUCCCCAAGUGGUCAUCCUGCCCCGGGGUGGCUCCGUGCUAGUGAACUGCAGCAGCUCCUGUGAUCAGAGCCCCUUUUUGGGCCUGGAGACUCCGUUGACUAAAAGGGAGGUGCUCCCAGGUGGGAACAACUGGAAGAUGUUUGAACUGAGCAAUGUGCAAGAAGACAGCCAGCCAAUAUGCUUUUCAAACUGCGGAGGUAGACAGUCAACAGCUAAAACCUUCCUCACCGUCUACUGGACUCCAGAACGGGUGGAGCUGGCACCCCUCCCUGCUUGGCAGCCGGUGGGCGAGAACCUUACCCUACGCUGCCAGGUGGAGGGUGGGGCACCCCGGGCCAACCUCACCGUGGUGCUGCUCCGUGGGGAAGAGGAGCUGAGCCGGCAGCCAGUCCCUCAGCUGGGGGAGCCCGCUGAGGUCACGGUCACGGUGUUGGCAGGCAGAAAUGAUCACGGAGCCAAUUUCUCGUGCCGCACUGAAUUGGACCUGCGGUCCCAAGGGCUGGAACUGUUUGAGAACAUCUCGGCCCCCCACCAGCUCCAAACCUUUGUCCUGCCAGAGACUCCCCCACAACUUCUCGGCCCCUGGGUCCUGGAGGUGGAUACGCAGGGGACCGUGGUCUGUUCCCUGGAUGGGCUGUUUCCAGUCUCGGAGGCCCAGGUCCACCUGGCGCUGGGGGACCAGAAGCUGAACCACACAAUCACCUAUGGCUUCGACUCCCUCUCGGCCAAGGCCUCGGUCAAGGGGACUGCAGAGGAGGAGGGCACCCAGCGGCUGUUUUGUGCAGUAAUACUAGGAAAUCAGAGCCAGGAGACGCGGAAGACAGUGACCGUCUACAGCUUUCCAGUACCCAAAGUGAUUCUGUCGGAGCCUGAGGUCUCAGAAGGAACCGAGGUGAUCGUGAAGUGUGAGGCCCACCCCAGAGCCAUGGUGAUGCUGAAUGGCGUCCCAGCCCAGACGCUGGGCCCACGGGCCCAAUUACGGCUGAAGGCCAGGCCCGAGGACGAUGGACGAAACUUCUCCUGCUCUGCAACCCUAGAGGUGGCCGGACAGGUUGUACACAAGAACCAGACCCGGGAGCUUCGUGUGCUGUAUGGCCCCCAGCUGGACGAGAAGGAUUGUCCGAGAAACUGGACGUGGCCAGAAAACUCCCAGCAGACUCCGACAUGCCAAGCUUGGGGAAAUCCCUCACCCCAGCUUAAGUGUCUAAAAGAUGGCACUUUGGCACUGCCCAUCGGGAAAUCAGUGACUGUCACACGGGAUCUUGCGGGCACCUACCUCUGUCGGGCCACGAGCACUCGAGGGGAGGUCACCUGCGAGGUGACCGUGAACGUGGUGAACUUGCCCUCCCCCCAGUAUGUGAUGGUCAUCAUCGCUCUAGUGGUGACUGCAGCCGUCCUGGGCACCGCAGGCAUCGCCAUCUACCUCUAUAACCGCCAGAGGAAGAUCAGGAAAUACAGACUCCAACAGGCUCAAAACGGGACCCCCAUGAAACCCAUCACACAAGCCACGCCUCCCUGAACCUACCCCAGGACGGGGCCUCUUCCUCGGCUCUCCCAUCUGGUGGUAGUGGUGCCACACAGAACAGAGUGGCAGACGUAUGCCAUACAGCUACACCCCGUGGCCCUGGGAUGCCAGAGGGCAGGGCAUUGGUCUCAGUCAGAUGCAGAUGGCAUUUGGGGCCAUGGCACCUGCUGCACACCGAAAACACUAGGCCAGGCAUGUGAUCCGCAGUCACGUGACUAAGCCAAGAGGAAGGGGCAAGACUCAAGAUGUGACUGUGAUGGACGUCAAAGUCUAGCCUGGCGAGAGGGGAAGGGGUGGGGGAAACAUACCCCUACCACAAGGACACACAGCCAGGAAAUACUGAAAUUCGCUGGCCAUGGGGUAUGCUAACGCCCCACAGCCCUACGGAAGAAGUGGCCCUGCACAGACACGUGUCGCAUCAAAACAUAAAUGCCCGCACUUCCUGACAGAUGCCAGCUUGGGCACUGCUGUCUAUUGACUGUCCCCAACCCUUGAUAUGUAUUUAUUCAUUUUUUAUUUUACCAGCUA